AUGAUCAUGAUCUCCGUGUUUUUCCUCGCGUGGUUUUUAAGUUCAGCUGACGCCUUCAAUGAAUUUCCGUCUCUGAUAUCUGCCAACGCCUCGAUGGCGGUCGUUGUCGAGAAAGCGUUCUUUGAUAACAAAAACGACUAUCACCACACUAUGAAAAACAUUUAUAAUUUUAUCACAAACAUCACGAAAAAUGAGAUGCACAUAGGUAAUAUCGACGUGCACGUCUUUCGUGACAAAACUCCGAGCAAUUUUCGAGAACGAGAUUGUCCACGAUUUCCCGAUUCGGAAGGUGUAAUUAUUCCCUUAAUACUACCGGGCAAAGAACUGUCUCAGAUUCUCUUCGACAUGAGAAUAACUGACAGCUUGACUUGGAACAACAUCAACAUACUGCACGAUGACACAUUCGACAGAGACACAAUAAACAGAGUCACCAAAGCUAUAUCGACCGAAUUGCCGAAUAAGAAAUUCACCAUGGUCUCCAGAUCGUUGUUUGCCUUUAAACAUGCUGAUUCUGAACGUACCAGAAGAAAAUAUAUAAAAGACAUGCUUGAGAAUUUUCAUGUAGAGCAGUUGGGAAAGUGUUUUCUCAUUAUUGUCACGAUAGACACAGCAGCCGACGUUAUGGAAGUUACACUGAAUAUGGCUCGACCUGACAGUCAAUGGUUAUACGUUAUCACAGACAGCAUGACAAGAAAAUCUACGAAUAUUACUGUUUUCGCCGACUUGUUAUCGGAAGGUAGUAACGUGGCUUUCGUUUACAAUGCGACGGACAGCAACACGUAUUGCAACGUCCAUUUACUGUGUCAUGUUCAGGAAUUAGUUACAGCUCUGGCUAAAGCUCUGAACUCAUCAUUAAGAACCGAAAUAGAAUUGUAUAAUCAUGUGCUCAACGAGGAGUUCGAACUCAUCCGAUUUGACAAGCGCGAAAGACAACAAGAACUUCUUAAGAAUAUUAGAAUAACACUCGUGGGGGACACUUUCGUUGGAAGCGGCGUUUGCAGUAGAUGUUUGUUCUGGCAAUUCGCUUCCGCCAUAACAUGGGGCAAUUUCUUCGUUCACGGUAAAAAUACCGCGCACUUGAUUGAUUCGGGAACCUGGAUUCCCACUCUUGGCAUAAACUUGACGGACGUUAUUUUCCCGCACAUUGCGCACGGUUUUCGUGGGAUCAGUUUGCCGAUUGCUACUUAUCACAAUCCACCGUGGCAAACUGUCACGCUGAGCGUUUCCGGUGAGAAACAGUACGGAGGAUUGGUUUUCGAUGUUGUGAAGUACUUAGCGAGAAGAUUAAACUUCACCUAUACCGUGCUCAGUCCGGCGAGCAAUCGGACUAUCAAGUACACUCAUAAUGAAACUGAGGCCGACGUAACUUAUAGUUUCUUGACUGCAAAACCGGGCCAGCUUUCCAGAGCGUUAUUGUUCACCGCACCUUUUGCCAAAGAGACCUGGGCCUGUUUGGCAGCAUCUAUUGGUAUAAUAAGCCCGGUCUUGUACUUGAUUCACAAGCACAGUCCAAACAGCGUGAAGAUGUCGGGAUUGAACUCACAGUGGCAAUGUAUAUGGUACGUCUACGGAGCUUUACUUCAACAAGGAGGAAUGUACUUACCCCAGUGCGAUAGCGCUCGUUUGUUGGUUGGUGUGUGGUGGUUGGUCGUGAUGGUUAUAGUGGCGACCUAUUCCGGAAGUUUGGUCGCCUUUUUGACUUUUCCAAAUAUGGACGAUGCCAUUCUGACCAUUGACGAUCUUCUCGCUCAUAAAGACAAAUUAACGUGGGGCUUUCCCAAUGGUAGUUUUUUAGAAGAGUAUCUGAAAAACACCGAAGAGGAAAAAUAUCAUGUGCUGUUGGACCGAUCCAUAAUUCAUAAUGCGACCCAAGAAGCAAAGAUGAUCGAGAAGGUGAAGGCGGGAAAGCAUGCGUUAAUCGACUGGAGAAGCACGUUGAGGUUUGCAAUGAGAAAUGAUCUCUUAUUAACCGAUAAAUGCUCCUUUUCUUUGAGCACUGAUGAAUUUAUGGACGAGCCGAUAGCAAUGAUCAUUUCGCAAGAUAGUCCGUACAUAAAAAUCAUCAAUACUGAAUUGUAUCGCAUGCACGAGUCCGGAUUAAUGAACAAAUGGAUAUCGGAGCAAAUCCCGAUAAAAGACAAAUGCUCGGACAGUUCCGUCAAUCAAGGCGUAAACGAGCGCAAAGUAAAUGUAACGGAUAUGCAAGGCAUAUUCUUUGUGCUUUUUAUGGGCGUGACUGGAUCAAUAUUUCUUUUGUGUUGCGAAUUCUACUGGCACAGACGCAAAUUAUCGAAGCAACGCAAGCUGAUUCAACCUUUUCUAUCUUGAGUUUCAUCCGGUAUCCGAGAAUAAACGCUUUUAUUUCCCAUGAAAUAGCUUGGCGCUGUUAAUAAAUCUCUGCGUAUAUACAGUUAGAUUUUAUUAUCGCUUGAAGUUAAUUACGAGGGAUCGUAUUUGCAUGAGUAUAAUUUUCAACCACGUGUAAUGAUCUUUUAAUUAGAAUGAUGAUACACUUAUAUAUAAUCUUUUGUCACGCCUUCCUUUGUAAUGGAUAAUAAUUUAUC